AAACGUUACACGAUUACGUUUUACAUGUAAGACAACUGCUUUAGAUUUACUUUGAACGCGAAUUAUUAUAUUUCGAAUAUUGUAUUUAGAAAACUAAACGCGCGGCGAGUUUAUAAUAAAUUUCUUAUCGAAAUAAUUGAUCCUUAAACAUUUUUCAGUGCUUGUUAUAUUUAUCGCAAUUAUUUUAAUUUUAUACCCAAUUUGGUCGCGCGUUUUUUACACCUUAUUGUCUAUAAAUGAAACUCGCGCACGUAUUUCGCCGCUGCUUGUGACCGAAUACUUUGUCGAUAAAAGAUACUUCUACUUGAUAUAUUUUCAUACAAAUGCAGCCUUUUUUAUUGGGUUAAUUGCAAUGAUAGCGACAGGAACAAUGUUCAUAGUUUACUUACAACAAGCAUGUGGAAUGUUUCGAAUUACCUGUUAUCGUAUCGCACGUACAAUGACACUCGAAAUUCUACGAAAAAACAGCUUGCAAAACGAAUAUUUGAUAUACAAGGGAUUAAUUUGUGCUGUGGAUAUGCAUCGCAAAGCUAUGAAAUUUUCUAACUCGACAAUAUCUAGAUUUAAAAUAAUGUUCGCUCUUUCGAUAAUGACCGGUGUAAUGUGCGGAAAUUUUAAUAUUUUUUUGGUAAAUACUGCCUUUGUUUUAUUAUAUAUACUCAUAAAUAACAGUAAUAAGAUUAGUUACUACUAA